AUGUCGUACUCCUGGGUGGGCGCGCCCACUGAGUUCAAUGGUACCAAUUCAGAGACCGGUGGUGAUUCAAGCAUCGAGAACCUGAACCAAUGGUACCAAUCGGGUGACCAGGCCUACAUCAUCAUAGCAUCCGCUAUGGUCAUGGUCAUGGUCCCAGGUCUAGGAUUUCUCUACUCCGGUCUCGCACGAAGGAAGUCCGCGCUCUCGAUGAUCUGGGCUUGCAUGUUCUCCAGUUCUGUCAUCACCUUCCAGUGGUAUUUCUGGGGAUACUCGCUCGCUCUCAGUGGCUCUGCCACUAAUGGCUUCAUUGGCAACUUGAAGAGGUUCGGGCUUAUGAACACUCUCGGUGCUCCCAGUCCUGGAAGUCCUCUCGUCCCCGAGCUCCUGUAUGCUUUCUAUCAGAUGCAAUUCUGCGCCGUCACCGCCGCCAUUAUCGUCGGAGCUGUUGCCGAGCGCGGUCGUCUCAUUCCCAUGAUGAUCUUUAUCUGGAUCUGGGCCACAAUCGUAUACUGCCCCGUUGCUUGCUGGGCAUGGGGUGCAAAUGGAUGGUUCUUCGCCUGGGGUGGGCUCGACUAUGCUGGCGGAGGCCCCGUCGAAAUCGUAUCCGGAAUGUCUGCCCUCGCCUACUCAUGGGUUCUCGGUCGCCGCCAGGAGAAGAUGAUGCUGAACUUCCGCCCGCACAACGUUUCGUUGAUCACGCUCGGUACCGUUUUCCUCUGGUUCGGCUGGUUGGGCUUCAACGGCGGCUCUGCUUUCGGUGCCAACCUGCGUGCUACCAUGGCCUGCUGGAACAGUAACCUGACGGCCAUGUUCGCCGCCAUGACUUGGGUUCUCCUCGAUUGGCGUCUUGCUCGCAAGUGGUCCAUGGUCGGCUGGUGCUCAGGAUGCAUUUCUGGACUUGUCGCUGCCACCCCCGCUUCCGGUUUCAUCACCCCAUGGGCCAGCGUUGCUCUCGGCAUCACCACCGGCAUUGUUGCUAACUUUGCCACCAAGAUCAAGUUUUGGAUCAAGAUUGACGAUGCCCUCGAUGUGUUCGCUGAGCACGGUAUCGCUGGAAUGGUCGGUCUCCUAUUCAACGGCAUCUUCGCCGCACCCUACAUUGUCGGUCUUGACGGUGUGAACUCCAUCUCUGGCGGCUGGAUCAUGCACAACUGGAAGCAGCUGUACAUCCAAUUCUCCUACAUCGUCGCCUGCACUGCCUACUCCUUUGUCGUCAGCGCCCUCAUCGCUUUCGCCAUCGACAAGAUUCCCGGUCUCCACCUUCGUGCCUCCGAAGAGGCUGAACUCCUCGGUAUGGACGAUGACCAGCUCGGCGAAUUCGCAUACGACUACGUUGAGGUCCGUCGUGAUUAUCUUGCGUGGACGCCCGCUAAGAGCGACCCGAUCACUGCAGAGCACGACAUUCCCCAAGGCGACCGCCACGGCAUCUCACAACACAGCCAAAUGCUCGAGGGCAAGGCACCCAGCGAGAGCAGCCACGACGGCGCCCACACUGGUAUUGGUGGCGAUCGUCACGCGAUGGCUGCUGGGCCUGAAGGUGUUCACCACGAGAAGAGCUCUCUCGAACACUAG